AUGGUGAGUUUUUCAGGCAACAGCAGCUCCAGUGGCGAUUCAAACGCAAACUCCAAUUUACAUACGAAGGUGAUUCCGGCGAUUCUGCUCGGCGCCCUCUUCAUGACGUGGGUUUUCUCCAUUUUUUGCCGACGCCGCAUCCCUAACGGGGAUGCGGGUGUGGGAAAUAACGAUCCGGAGGGUUUCAAUACAGAACCCACCCGGGGUUUGGACCAGACCGUUAUCGAGAGCUUCCCGGUUGUGAGCUUCAGCGUUGUAAAAGGAUUAGAAGCCCAAGUGAAUUGGUCCGGGUGUGCAGUUUGCCUGAGUGAGUUUGAGGAGAAGGAGAUGGUGAGGUUGCUUACUCACUGCAAUCACGCCUUUCAUCCCAACUGUGUGGAUAUGUGGCUCUGCUCGCACUCCACCUGCCCACUUUGCCGUUCCACCCUUCUUCCCGUGGAGAGCUCCUCGAACCCCACGCCCUCUGGGUUAAAUAUCAUUGGACCAAACAGCUUAACGCAGGGAACCGUUGCCAUAGAUAACUUGGAGGAUGGCAGCCGGAACAGUGGUCCUGUUGGCGGUUGUAUGAGCGAUGGCGUUUGCAGUAGUAAAGUUGUGUGUAAAGCGAGAUCUGAGAGGUGGGCAAGCAUUACGAGUAUGAAUAGGGCACCGUUUUUAAGGACAUUUUCUGAGCGUUAUAUUCCUUUUUGUGCGGACAUUUAA